AUGAACUCUUUGUUUGUAGGGAGGCCAAUAGUUAAGAGCUCUUAUAAUGUAUAUACUCUUCCAUCAUCAAUAUGUGGUGGUCAUUUCUUCAAGGUUUCAAACUCACUAAGCCUUGAUGAUGAUCAUCGUCGUAGUAGUAUCGAAAUAAUUCAUAAUUCAGAGCUUAUACCAAAACAUGUUGCUAUAAUAAUGGAUGGGAACAGGAGAUGGGCUAAGGCUAGAGGUUUACCAGUGCAAGAGGGUCACAAAUUUCUUGCCCCCAAUCUAAAGAAUAUUUGUAACAUUUCUUCCAAACUAGGAAUACAAGUUAUCACUGCUUUUGCUUUCUCUACUGAAAACUGGAAUCGUUCCGAGGAGGAGGUUGAUUUCUUGAUGCAACUAUUCGAAGAGUUCUUUGAAGAAUUUAUGAGGCUUGGGGUACGUGUAUCUCUUAUUGGAGGUAAAUCAAAACUUCCCACAAAAUUACAGGAAGUGAUAGAGUUAACAGAAGAGGUGACUAAAGGCAAUGAAGGACUUCAUCUUAUGAUGGCAUUAAACUAUGGAGGACAGUAUGACAUGUUACAAGCAACAAAAAACAUUGCAAGUAAAGUGAAGGAUGGUCUUAUAAAAUUAGAGGAUAUUGACUACACAUUAUUUGAACAAGAGCUUACCACCAAGUGUGCUAAAUUCCCAAAACCUGAUUUACUCAUAAGGACUGGAGGUGAACAAAGAAUCAGUAACUUUUUGUUGUGGCAGCUAGCUUACUCUGAAUUGUAUUUUACAAAUACACUCUUUCCUGACUUUGGAGAAGAAGCUCUCAUGGACGCCAUAGUUUCCUUUCAACGAAGACAUAGACGUUUUGGUGGACACACAUAUUGAAACAUUACUCUUAUUUUGUGUGUUUCAUUAAACCUAUCAGACAAAUAAAAUACUGCCAGUUAGUUGUGGUAUUAGCCUAUUCAUGUAGUCGUUGGAUUUGGGUAGAUGAUAUCAUCUGUUGUUUAGUGUGUCUUUAAGUGAUCACACCUUCUUGUUGUUGUUGCAAUAGUUCCUUGCAUAUAUGUUCCGAAUUGCUUCGUUAUUAGUUGUCAUGUUUCUCUCUA